UUUCCAACCUUCAAAUUUCCUCUUCACAAAAACCCCUCCAAAAUUCCCCCUUUUUCCAUAACUCCGCCGCAGAAAAAAAGAAAAAGAUGGAGACAGCGGCGGCGAAGGAAGCGGCCCUCGAGAAGAUGAGAAACGGCGACUUCUCCGGCGCCCUCGAGCUCGCAGUCGAAGCGCGCAACCUCUCCCCCGGCGUUGGGGGUUUCGAUCAGAUGAUCACCGUCUGCAACGUGCAUUGCGCCGCCGCCGCGGGCGGCGGCGACGGCAAGGACUGGUACAAGAUUCUCGGCGUCGCGGAGGAGGCCGACGAGGCGGCCGUCCGGCGGCAGUGCGGCAAGAUGUGGAUGGCCCUCCACCCCGACAAGAACGGGCUUCCCGGGGCGAGCGAGGCCUUCCAGUUGAUCGUCGAAGCGAAGGCCGUGCUCGGCGAUAGCGAGAAAAGGAGGGUGUAUGAUAGCUCGCGUAGGGCUGACGCCAUGGAAGGGCAAUGGGGCUUUGGUUUCUCGAGGUUUCGAGAAUGUGCAGAGAGCAAUGGCUUUGGAAGAUUUCGUGGCAAGACGAACGAGCCGAGUACUGCCAAGCUCGACGGUGAAGAUGAGAAUUUGGAUUUUGGGUUUUCGAGGUUUUUGAAUGAUCAGAAAAUUGAUUGGAGUAGUAAUGGUGUGAUUGAUAGUGGAGGGUUUAAUUGGGAUAAUGCUGCUUUGAUGUUACAAAAUGAUCGUCGCGGUCGAGGUCGAGGUCGUGGUCGUGGUCGAGGGUCAAAGCUAAACGAGCCGAAUAAUAUCAAGGAAAAAGCUACUAUUGGUCGUGGUCGAGGGUCAAAGCUAAACGAGCCGAAUAAUAUCAAGGAAAAAGCUACUGCUAAGAGGCCUCGGGGUAGGCCUCGUGGCAUAGGGUCCAAAUUGAACGAGCCGAGUAGUGACAAGCUAGUACCUUUGGAAAUUGGAAAUUCGGAUUUUGGGAUUUCAAGAUUUCAUCAUGAUGAAAAAUUUCAAAUGAAUACUAGUGGAGGGCCUAGUUGUGAGAAUGGUUUUUCAACCUCACAAACUGAAAAGCUAAACGAGCCGAGUAGUGUCAAGCAAGACAUAGAUAAACCUAAGAGGCUUCGAGGUAGGCCUCCGGGCAGAGGCCGUGGACGGGGCAGAGGGCCGGGCAGAAACGUGGAAACCUCGGGCCAUGACGAUGAAGGGGAGAUUGCUAAAACCCCGAAAACCAUGGCACCUGAGUGGCAAGCUUGCAAAAGGGCUCGCAUGAUAAAGCCGGAUUCCGCGAUUCUCGAAUACACGGUGGCUGAGUUCAACGAUUUCGAGCGGGAGAGGAGCAAGGAAUGCUUUGAAACAGGGCAGAUUUGGGCAGUCUACGACACGCUCGACGCAAUGCCGAGGUUCUACGCCAUGAUCGACGGCAUCCUGGACAACAACAAGCUGCAGAUCACGUGGCUCGAGCCUCUGCCCGAAGAUGAGGGCGAGAUGAAGUGGUUGUACCGAGGGCUGCCCGCGACCUGCGGGAGGUUCAAGCUGGGGUACACCGAGGUGAUCCAAGACUACGGGGUGUUCUCGCACCGGGCCGAAUGGAAGAGGGACGCGGUGUUGAGGAAGGUGUACACAAUCCGGCCUCGGAAGGGCGAGACUUGGGCCGUUUUCAAGAAUUGGGAGACGGUCAGAUCGCAGUGCCUUGAUACAUUCGAGUACGAGGUUGUCGAGAUCGUGUCGGAUUAUUUCGGGGAGUUUGGUGUGAGUGUGGCGGUGUUGGUUAGGGUUGAGGGGUUUGGGUGUGUUUUUGAGAGGAAGGAGGGGAGUUGUUGGGAGGUGAUUGGGGUGAAGGAUAGGUUGAGGUUUUCACAUAGGGUUCCUUCCUUCCCGGUUAGUGUUGGUGGUGUGGGGAGCUUCUUCGAGCUCGAUCCGGCCUCGUUGGGCUCGAUCGUGGCGUAGGAUCGACGUGUUUGUGAAGAUGCAUGUGGCUGCGAAAUGUCUUUUGAUGUGAAUAUGUUUAAUCCUUUUAUGUGAAGAUAAAUUUAGUGAUCAUGGCGUAGGAUUGACUGUUUGUGCAAAAUGUCUUUUGAUGUGAAUAUGUCUAAUCCUUUUUUGUGAAGAUAAAUUUAGUGAUCGUGGCGUAGGAUCGACCGUUUGUGAUGACGCUUGUGAUCGUGAAAUGUCUUUUGAUGUGAUUAUGUCUAAUCCCUUUUUAUGAAGAUCGACG